CCGAAGGAUACUUUUUCUCUGUUUCUAACUUGAAGUUCAAAGCUUUAUAACACAAAAAGCGCUUCAAAAAAGUGAAAAAGUCUCUUAAAAAUAAAAAAGAAUGGCAAACUCUCUUUGUUUCACUUCUGUUUGUUCCUUCAACUCUCCCAGUAAACCAGGGAUAAUUAUUGAUAAUUCCUAUCCGAGGAAGGUUCUUCGGGUAAGUGAAGUGUUUAAGAGCUCCAGGAGUGCCAGAAUUCAAUCUUUAGAGGCUAAGGUUGCAAAUAACAAUCAAAGUGCUAAACCAAAUAGUAUUGUCUGCGCUGAUUGUGAUGGAAAUGGUGCCAAACAGUGUACUCAAUGCAAAGGUACUGGAGUUAAUUCUGUUGAUCACUUCAAUGGACAAUUUAAAGCUGGUGGGCUGUGUUGGCUUUGCAGGGGGAAAAGGGAGAUUUUAUGUGGGAAUUGCAAUGGAGCUGGCUUUAUUGGGGGAUUUAUGAGCACAUUUGAUGAAUGAUGUAAAAGCCCAAUUUUGGUUUGUGUUUGUCUUCAAGGAUAUGCACUAUAGACCAUCUUUUGUAAUUUUGUUUUGCUUCUUAGAUAAAAGAAAUACCUUUGUUUCAGUUAUAAGGUCGUUCUUUCGGAAAUGGUUCAAGUACCUGUGACCAUACCUAAACUGUAGCACCUGCUGUAUGGCAUGCAGAACUUUAAUGUUUUCCUUACCAAAAGUUUUC